GAGACGUUGAUGGAAUUCCCGGCUCGAGUGCUUUCAGGGUAAAGGCGCUGACGGAGACCGAUGCCCACUUCGGGCCUCGGGCCGGACCCUGCUUGGUAUUCUUAGUUCCGAACUCGGGCGCGGAGGGUCUCGAAGAUGGUUCGCGAGGCAGAUCAGUGUUCGGAUCGUGCGAAAUCGAACGGAUGACUGCGGGAUGAACAGAAUGCCAGUCUAGGUCCUGCGAUUGAGCAUUCUUAGUAAUCGAACACCGAAAGCUUCGUCAAGAUCGCGUUUUUAGUAUUUUGUGAGGCCAGGACAACCGUCGUGGAGUUUGCCACUGGACGGAUUGCGGAAGGAUUCAUUCAACUGUUUCUCGCGUAGAGCUCGAGGAUUGUCAGUUCAGGAAGGAGAAUUUGGUUGGGAUCAUGAGGGGAGAUUACGAUGAGGAGGGCGAACCCGUGUACGAUCCUGAUGCCCCGAUGUCUCGAGAGGGAAGCCCGGAAGAGGAUUGGCAGGACUCACCGUCUGCUUCACCAGCUCGCGAGGCAUCUCCUAAGGCGAAGCCAAGAAAACGUUUGGUGAAGAAAGUUAGUGUCGAUGAGGAUCCUGAAGACGACGAUCGACCUCGAAAGAGAAAGAGCAGAGAUUCAGAGGAUGGAGAUGGCCGUCAAAGGGUUAGAAAGAGCAAAGAAGGUAGAGAUGGCAAGGGAGAUGCCAAGAGGGGCAAAUCUGGAUCCAUAGCAGCCAAGCUUAGCAAGCUAGCCAAAGGAGGCGGAGGAGGCAAAAGUGGAGACAGCAGAGUCGGAAGAUCGGGAGGUGAUCGUCCUCAAAGAAACAGAGACAGAAGAGAGGAGAAGGAGACCUGGGCCCGGAAUGGUAGUCCAGAAGUGGAUUCUGAGGAAGAUAAGGAGUUGGAGCCGACACCUGCGGAUGAUAACUUUAUCGACGACACAGGAGUUGAGCAUGAAGGCUACAGUGAUGAUGGUGGCGCUUCACCGAGUCAUGCUCCCGAGGCAGAAGAAGCUGAGGAGGACGAGAAAGAUGAGCUCAACAAGUUUUUCAAAUCUGGAAAGAAGAAGAAGAACAAGAACGAGCGAUCAUCAGAGGAGAUUGCUAUGUUUGUGGAGCAGUUUAUGGCAAAACUUGAUGUUGCAGCCGAAGCAGAUGCAGAUCUGAAUCGCGCUUCGAAGCCAGCUAUUGAAAAACUAAAGAUGCUGCCUGAAUUACUGACCGUGCUUGAAAAGCGGCAGUUGCAACAAGAAUUCCUGGAUCGUGGGGUUUUAUCUUCGUUGAAGAACUGGCUUGAGCCGCUUCCAGACGGGUCAUUACCGAACAUGAAUAUACGUUCUGCUUUACUGAAGCUUCUAACUGAUUUGCCAAUUGAUGUUGAGGUGGUCGAACGAAGAGAGCAGUUAAAAAAAAGUGGACUGGGAAAGGUUGUAAUGUUUUUAUCACGGCUUUCUGAGGAAACUCCGGGAAAUAAGAAGUUGGCACGAGAUUUGGUGGACAAAUGGAGCCGGCCGAUUUUCCAGAAAAGCACCAGAUAUGAAGACUUGAAGCAAUAUGAUGACGAGAAACCACCUCCUCGGAGACCACAGCAGCCAGCCAAGAAACCUGUUGCCAAGCCUAUGGACGAUUCAAGAGGAGGAGAUGAGUUGGACAUGGAGAAUGACUCUGGGGAAUUGAAGCCGGGAGAUCCAGGUUAUCGUUACCAUGCAUCCAGGCCACAAGCUAUGCCCCUGGACUUCGUUGUGAGGCCUGCAUCGAGGGUGGACGCCGAAGAUGUUCGAGCUCGUGCAAAGCAGUUGCGUAUGGACGAGAGAAGAGCCAAAAUGAACAAAAAGCUCCAGCUUCUGAGAACCCCCAAGAGGAAGAAUUUGCAAGCAGCUCGCCUUAGCGUCGAGGGAAGGGGAGUUGUCAGUUAUCAUUGACGAUGCAGAUUCUCGCAGAUUUUCAUUGCACUUUACGUGCAGAUUGGAAUAAGUAUUGAAAAAGAACAACUGGUUCUACAGAAAGACACUAGGGUUGUUUUUUAGGCUAAACUCUUUCUUCACUUGUGUAUUAUAUUUCAGUUUCUAAAAGUAGUACACCAAGUUCAAUUAUCGGAGUGUGUGGUAGCAGGUCUAUAUAAUUAAUCUAGGUUGUGUUCAAAUUUUGAGAUGUCACAACAGUAAUAUCUGCUCAUCCCAAGGCAAAGUUGUUAUCAGAUAAUUUUUCCAAAUGCGGUUACUGGCAUUCCAAAUGCGACGUGUUUUGAAAUUGUGAAAAUUCCAGUAGAAAAUUUUCUUACCGUUGUAAGUAUUAGGUGAACUUGUGAAAGUCCACUAGAAUCGAUUGGGUUAUGAUGUGCUUCAAGUGUACUUGGUCCACAUCUCACCCAUUUACACGAGCUUCUGGUGUUACGGGACUUCUCUCUCCAAAAGUUUAUAAGUGAAAGGUAGUGACGGGACUGAUCACUUAUCAUCUUUCAUUUAUUAUUAGCAACUUCCUUUGAGGCUGUCUCCUAGGUUGGUUGAGACGAAAAUGUGUACCACGAUCAUCGAGAUUUCCUGACAAGUACUUCGAGUUCGUUCGACU